GGUGUUCCCCCUCCUGGAGCAGUUUCUGUCAGCCGUGCAAGCUGCCGGCUGGAGUUCGCAGUUCAGUUUCAGUUUGAGGAAUGCUGCCCCGCGCUCUGUUUACGCGCUGCGUUUCAGUGUAGAAAGUUGCAGAGUCACGUAGGUGCAGAAUUAUUUCCCCCCGCCCUCUAAACGCAUCCCCGCUGGACGUUCGCCCGCAAGAGACGACGUCUCCUGCUGCCGCUGCACUUUGAACUCCGCUCAUUUCUGCUUUUUUGACAAAGCAUGGUACGGACGGCUUCCUCAAAGAAGACACACGCGGAGGACGGAAAGCUGCUACUCGCCUGCCACCGGAGAGCUCGUCUGUUGCCCGGUACAGCCACCCGAACCGCCCCGCUUCCGCGUGGAUUGGCGCUGCCGUGUUGUGAACUGCUGGGCAGAGCAUCCUGGGAGAGUGGUUCAAAGGAAUCCCCGCUAAGCCUCCUCUGACUGUGCUCUUCAAAGCAGUUCCUAAUCUCACGCGGAACAGCAGAUGACGGCAACGCCCUGAAAUAUCACAGCGGGUCACUGACGGAUCCCUGAGACCUGUAAAACCCGGACCAAGAAGGAUUUGAUUGCCAUGGUUUGACACAAGAGCUGUCAGUCAUGAAGGAGCUGAGAUACGUGGAUAAGGACACGUUGUGGGGUUCAACAUGGUUCGCCUGAACACUUGACCUGAAGUUGCCUCUGAGCUGCUUAGACUGCUGAUGGAAAGGGCCGUCGCUCUGUUGACAUCCUUCAUUUCUCCGGAAAUGCAAACAGACUGAAUAGGUUUUUUAACUUUCUUUGCAAAAAUGGAGCACACGAGGAACCGUGCUCCGGUUGAACGUCCGACUCCGGUGACAUAAGAAGAAACGCGGACGUGCCCGAACCGAUAAAGACUGCACGACUCUAACCUCAGCGCACCACAAAACAUCAGCCGGAGCGUUCCUUCCACCUCCUCCAGCAUGAAUUGCCCCGUCCGGAAGAAACGCCCCACGCGCGACUCCGAUUUCUCCGCCAUCGUUGUUCCCUCCAUGCACGGGUCGGGCUAUCUGGACUACACCGUCGAAAACCACGCUUCCAGGUCCUUUUUGGCCAUCGAUGAGUUCAGACGGCAGGAGAUGCUGUGCGACCUGGUGUUGCACGUCACCUACAAGGACAGGACUAUGGACUUCAAGGUUCACAGAGUGGUGCUGGCCUCCUGCAGUGCCUUUUUCAGAGCCAUGUUCACCAGAGGCUUCAAGGAGUGCAGCGCCUCGGAGGUCACCCUGCGCGACGUGUGCCCCGAGGUGGUGGGGCGACUCAUCGACUUCGCCUACACGUCCCGCAUCACGGUGGGGGAGAAAUGCGUGCUCCAUUUGCUUUUAGCCGCAAUGAGGUAUCAGAUGGAGGAUGUGGCCAAGGCGUGUUGCGAUUUCCUCACCAAGCACCUGGAGCCGGCCAACGUCAUCGGCAUCUCCCGCUUCGCCGAGGAGAUCGGCUGCACGGAGCUGCACAAGACGUGCCGAAAAUACAUCAACUCGCACUUCAGCCAGGUGACCAAAGUGGACGAGUUCUUCAGCUUGUCUCACUGCCAGCUUCUGGAGCUUAUCAGUCAGGACAGUCUCAAGGUGCUCUGUGAGUCUGAGGUGUACAAGGCGUGCACAGACUGGGUGCGCUGGGAUAUGGAGGGCAGAGCCCAGUAUCUGCAUGCGCUGUUGAAUGCUGUUCAUAUUUACGCCCUGCCUCCCAAGUUUCUCAAGAACCAGCUGCUGUCCUGCCCCAUCCUCAGCAAGGCCAAUUCCUGCAAGGACUUCCUGUCUAAAAUCUUCCAGGAAAUGACGCUGAUGAAACUUCCUCCCGCACCGAUCCGGGGAACCCAGCUCAUCUAUGUGGCCGGAGGAUACCGGCAGCAUUCCCUGACCACCAUGCAGGCUUAUGAUCCCAGGAGGAAUGUCUGGAUGAACCUGGCCGACAUGGGAACUCCAUGCAGUGGUCUGGGAGCCUGUACGCUCUUUGGACUCAUCUACAUUGUAGGAGGCAGGAACCUGUCGCUCCAGACUAACUUGGAUUCCAGCUCUCUGUGCUGCUACAACCCGAUGACCAACAAGUGGAGCCAGCGAGCUUCCCUCAACAUCCCCAGGAACCGGGUCGGUGUGGCCGUGGUGGACGGCUGCAUCUACGCCGUGGGGGGCUCCCAGGGCUCCGUGCACCACAACACGGUGGAGAGGUGGGAUCCAGAAUCCAAUCGCUGGUCUUUUGUCUUCCCAAUGUCGGUGGCUCGCCUGGGAGCGGGCGCGGCGGCAUGUGGGGGGGCUCUGUAUGUGGUGGGGGGAUAUGAUGGUCAGAACCGCUGGAACACGGCUGAGAGAUACCAGCCCGACACGAACACCUGGCACCCAAUAGCUCCUAUGAACACUAUACGCAGCGGCCUGGGAUUGGUGAGCCUGAACUCUUACCUGUAUGCCAUAGGAGGCUACGAUGGGCAAAACCAGCUGUGCACGGUGGAACGUUACAACGUGAGCAGGAACAUUUGGGAGCCCAGGGCCUCCAUGAGGCACUGCCGCAGCGCGCUGGGAGUCACGGUCCACCAGGGACGCAUCUACGUCUUCGGAGGGUUUAACCAGCAUGGCUUCCUGUCCAGCAUCGAGCGCUACUGUCCAGACCAAAACGAGUGGACGCUCGUCACCGACAUGCCCGACGGACUCAGCGGCAUGGGCGUCACCGUCACUAUGGAGCCCUGCCCCGGCUCUCUGCCUGAACUGGAGGACGAGGACGAAGCCAUGUAGGCUGAAGGGUGAAGAACGAAGAGGCGUUGCCAUUGAAAAGCAAAGUGAAGAAGGUUCAUUAGAUUCAAAUCAAAGACAUUCCAAAGACUCUCUGUCCCCUCCUUUGUGAAUUUCACUGAUGCACCUUAGGGUAAAGGGAAAAAUGUAAUUCCCCUUGAUGCGGGACCAAGGGUAGUUUCAUUUCUCAAAUACAAUCACGCACAAAAAAGCUUCCCAACUGAAUGAAAUGUUUAUUCAGACAUGUUCCUAACAGCAGCCCUGGUGCAGGACACCCCCCCCCCUUCCCCACCAGGUUAUUAUACCUCCAUUCUUUGGACCACUUCAGGUGGUCAGAGCCGCAUACAAUUCCUAAAAAGCCCAUUUAAAUAGCUUUGAUUGUUUUCUCAUUCUCGUCUACCUGCUCUGUUUGCACCUUUUCCCUGUUAAACUUCCAGGUUUUAAGACUUCAAAAAAUGAGACCAUGAUAAGCAUAUUUCUACCGCUUUCCAACUGUUAAUUUGAUCUAUAUCCUUUACUAUUUACGAAAAAAGCUGCAAUACAUGUGUUGCUUAAUUGUGCAGACUUCUGGGAUAGCAACUUUUGAUUUAGUUUCAGUCCGCUCUGUGUUUGCUUUCCCUCGGCCCUCAUCUGUCAGGUUUUGGUCUUUCCAAAAACUUGGCCUAUCUUCUGAUGAUGCCAUUAUUUAUUUGAACAUAUUCUUGGACUCACUGUGACACUGAGAGAUAAAAUCCCUCUUCACCAUCAUAAUUUUAUGAGACAUCUCAAGGUGUCGGGUCAAAACUUCCUGGUAUUUGCCGCUUCGUCCAUCUUGGAUCUUCUUCUGCAUGUCCAAGACCACGCAUGCAUGCAUGAUGCUGCCACAGCCGUGCUCCAUGGCUGACGUGGUGCUCCUGUUGAAGAACAACGGUGCAGUUCCUGUGCUCAGCAUACAUUUAGGAAAUUUAACCCAUGAGACGUCCUCCCUCAACAAGAAGUUUUUAGCAAGGCCUGGAUGUUUUCUUUGAAAGAAACUCUGCUACUCUAUGCGGACAUGUUGUCAGUACAGCAGAUUGUUUUAAUAUGCAGAACACAGCCAGAACCUCUUUAGAUCCACUUCCUGUUUUUUUUUCAUUAGUUUUUGGAAAAAAGUCCAGUUUUUGUGUUUGGGUUCCAUGGCUGCACCGUAUGUUGCAAAUUUAUUCUUAUUGUAAUAUGCAUGCAUUAAGGCUCUCUUUCUAUGCUAUGUUUAAUACAGUAAAAAAUUGUUCAGGAGCACAUUUUAGGAGCUUUUUUUAUUACAAAAAACAACAAAUUUAUACAGAUGCAACUUUUUCAGUAAAACCGACGUCUUAAAUUUCAAAUAAGGAUCAUCACAAACUGGGUCGAUGUUUAUGAUGCACUAAACGCAGAAAGACAUUAACACACUUUACCCUUUACAGUCUUUGUUUUUCAGAUCAGUUAUUGUCAUGGUGGCGCCCAUCCU